GUAGAAUACAGCGCAGGAUAGUAUAUGCUGAUGGUUCUGCCUUUGGAGACAGAAACAACACUUACUCAGCUUCGACGAAUGAAAAGUAGUUCGGAUAAGUGUGACCAACGACUUAACGAAUUCUGUUUUAACCCUUCGUAGGCGAUUACAUAUUGAUCGUGCUGGCAACUGACCAUGGCAUCAGAGCAAACAUACCCUAAUACAUCUUUAAUGGGUUUCAACAGCAGUUUGUCAGCUGAUGGUGCGGACAACUCUAGUGCUCAAGAACUGGAAAGCCACGCGGAAUACUGGGCCGCCGCAUGGCUCAACAGAACAACGCCAUGGAUAGCCUUACUGGUAGCUGUUUUGGGCAACGGAGCUGUGAUUAUCACCGUGAGAAAAAUGAAAACAUUUACAUCUCUGGUUUUGUUUGUGACAUACCUGGGCGUCACAGACACCUUAUGCAUAAUAUUCAAUUUUCUCUACACUCAGCUGACCCGCUAUAAAGUUCCUCUCGGUAACGGUGGAUGUAAAGCACUACACUUUCUCAUGAACUUUACGACACCUGUGGCCAACUGGACGGUUGUUCUCAUGACCCUGGAACGUUUCGUGACCGUCUUCUUUCCUUUCAAAAUAUCCCGAGUUUUCAGCCUGAAGAAAUCUGUCCUAGCCCUUUUAAUAACGGCUUUCGUUUUACUGAUUCACGCCUCGUUCGCUCUGUGGCUCUAUAUCGAGGUUAUAGACGACGGUUAUAUCUACUGUGGAGAAGAACCGUCCCUUCAGGAUGUCUCCAGGAUAAUAACUUGGGUUGAUUUGCUCUUGUUGUCUCUACUCCCUUGCUUGAUCCUUAUUUUUCUGAAUAGCGGCAUCAUUGUGAAACUAAACAAAUCAGCCAAAGUGCGUCGAGAGGCCAUGAAUACUCACCUUUUGAGGGGUGACACUGCCAAUUCAUCUAGACCCCCAGUGUCACAACAGCACAUUAAUUUGUCUGUUAUGCUGGUAACGGUAUCUGUAGCCUUUGUCAUUCUUCAACUGCCUAUAACCAUUUUCUAUCUUUCAUGUCUAUCUGAAGUCAGCCAGUGUACUAAACAGGCUAGGACAGAUGGUGGUGAGUGUGUAUGGACGAAGUAUCCACAAUGUCUAGAAACUUCUAAACGGUCAAGUAUACAGGAAUAG